AUGGAAUUAAGCUUAAAAGACUUAAAAGAAAAAGAGCAUACGUUUAUGCAGUUAGAGAAAGAGUACAAUUCAAUUAAAAACGAGUUAGAUGGAGCAAAACAGUGUGUAAAUGAACAUCCGGAGAUGAAAGACCUGAUUGAUAACAGGAAUCUGAUGAAUGAAAUUGAAGAAAUCAUUAGGUUGAUAAAUGAGAAGCAAAGAAACUUAAACAAUAGUAGAAUUAAGGAAAUGGAACAUGAAUUGGUUUUGAAAGAGGUGCAAUUCAAGAAUAUUUCAAGAGCCAAGGAGAAGUACGAGGAAGAUGAGAAAAGAAUAGAAGGCUAUGGCGAAACAACAAGAAACUAUGAAAGGAAAAGAGAUGAAAUCAUUCAAUGGUGUAAUGAGAAUGAUAUUGAAUCACUGCCUGAAAUAACUCUUAUAGAGAUAUCAAAAAAGCUUAAAACCAAGCAAAGUGAAUACAAAACAAGGUUAGAAGAGCUAAAAAGGAGCAGAGGAGAGUGGCAAAUAGAACUGAAUAAGUGCAGACAAGCAGAGUAUCGGGUAAAAGAAGCACAAGAAACAUGA